AUUUUUCUUCUCUGCACUCCACCCGGGCACCAGUUCCUCUUCCCCCUGAGUUGCUGGUUGCAGAGCUUGAGGAACGCCAGAGACCCUAGCGGAUCCAGAUCCCCGAAGGGUCCGUCGCUCUGGCCCCUGUGUCCAGGUGAGCCACGACGCAGCCCCUCCGCGCCAGAGACUUCCAGCCCGGUCGAGGCAAAGCCGUGCCAGUGGAACUAGAAAGGUUGCUUAAAUGGGGGGCUCCCUGGUGUGGGUGCUGUUGUUGCCGCCGCCGCCGUUGCUGCUGCUGCUGCUGCACAAUCCAGGCACCCAGGGAACGUCGUGCGUGUCCUCCGGGAACGUGGACUGGACCAGAGAGUUCACGGACACAUGCCUGAACUUCAGUGGCCAAAACUUGAGCUGGCUGCCUCAGAACCAGUCUCUGCAGGCCAGAAGUGUGACCAUCCUUGACUUGUCUGGAAACCGCCUUCGCAAGCUCCCAUCAGUCUUCUUCAGCCACCUGGGAGAGCUGAAGUUCCUGGACGUGACAAACAACCCACUGGAACACGUGGAUGGGGCACUGGCCAGACGUUGUCAGCUCACCCUGAAGGCUGAUUGCAACUGUGUCCUAUUUUCCUGGCACAAGAUUCGGCAGGACAACUGUUCUGGCCAGCCGCCUCUGCAGUGCCUAGAUAAGACCACUGGUGCCUGGCACAACUUCUCUGCCUUGGAGGAAGGCUGUCCCCCUGGCCUCUCUGCAGGAGCCGUAGGAGCACUGGCAGUUGGUGGAAGCCUGUUUCUCUUGCUUGCCAUUGCUGGCCCAGUGUUGGCUUGGAGAUUCUGUAGACGUCGGAUGGACAGCGGCCGGGGCCUGAGCAAAACGUGGGCUGCUCAGGAUGGUUCCAGGUCUGGCUCAGGUCGGCAGCCGAGGUACAGUAGUCGGGCCCUCAACCUUAAGCCCCCAGCAGCUACCCUGACCAGAUCUUCCACGUCGGACUAUGAGAACAUGAUCGUGGGCCAGCCAGCUGCCGGGCACCAGUGGGCUGAACACAGGGAUCACCCUUCAGAGGACGGUGACUUCUACAUGACCUAUGAGAGCCUCCCACAAGACUCCCAGCCUGUCUACUGUAACCUGCAUUCCCUGGCCCAGGCCCCCAUGUACGAAGACGAGUACGUGAUCCCUGGGCGCUGAGCCUUCAGCACCUCAGACUCCAGCCUGCCCCCUUCUAGGUGACUUGGGGGCACUCUAGCUCUUCCCUGGCUUCAGUAUUCCCAUCUGAGGAAUGGGGCCAGGGAAGAACCAUCCUUUGAAGCUCUAGGGAUGUUCUGCAUCCCCCUCCCUAGCCCGUUCCGCUCCUCAGGCCCCUUGGCUGCUAGAAGGGGAGGAGGAGAGACCCCCAACAUGGGGACAGAAGGGUCAGUGUAUGAACUCUGUUCUCACCCUCCUGUGGGUGUGCAAGCGGUACCCCCCAAAAUGCUAUGGGAUAGACGAGGCUGCUGGCAAGUGGGUUCCCCAUGGUGGCAAUUUCUUGAGCUCCCAGGAUAAGAGCUCUGAGGCUCUCAAAUUCCUCCCAACUCCCAGUCUCUCCCAGUCCCCUGACUCAGGUGCCUGGUAUCCAGACUUGGCCCCGAGGGCAGUCCACACCAGUCUCAGAAGGAUCUUUAUAACUCAUGAUUGGGACUCCUCCUCUUCCCUGCUCACACACCCUCCAUGGCUCCCAAGUGCCUGGUGGUUGAGACCUGUAUGAUCCAGGCCUACCCUUCUCAGUGCCCUCUCCCAUCCCUCUGCCUUUCUGGUCUGGCCCUCCUUCCCAGCAAUACCGCCUCCCUCUGGAAGCUUUCAUUUUCUUACGCCAUUUACCUAUGUCCCUCUUUUGGCCCAGAAUGCCAUCCUCUUCCAUGUUUUCUCACUCUUAUUAAACACCUGAGUACACAUGCA